UACUGUCAACAUCAUGAUCAGGUUACUGCUCCCUGUGUUGGCUGCCUUCCUCACCUUUACUCCUGCCUGGCUUCAAGAUCCGUGCGUUACCAAUACUGACUUAUUGAGCGACAGCACUCGAGGUUUGGAUCACAAACAGAGGCCGGAUCAGAUCACAAACGGCUUCUGUGAUAUCUCCCUCAAGCCAGGCUGGUACCGGCUCAAGAUGGGCAGCGACGAUGCAGACCUGGCCACCUCUGCCCCCAAACUAGGCGCAUGCAAUACAAGAUUUCCCAUCUGGAUGAAUGGAACGGUACCGAGUGUUCUUAACCAACAGACAGAAACGAUAGCGUGUAUUGUGGCAUCGUCAAACAACCCAUGCGCGGUGAAGCUCCCGGUCAAAGUGAAGAACUGUGGUCAAUAUCGAGUGUACGAAUUACAACCCACACCAUUCUGUUCGACUGCGUACUGCUUCAGUAAUUUCCCUACCAUCGUAAUUAAACCGGAAGUCGCCCCAAUCCUGGGGAAUAGCACAGUUAACCCCGCGUCUGAAGACUUGCGCUUCGAGUGUAGAUUUAUCUCCCCUAACCCAAAUUAUUUUUACGACAUCGUUUGGAGAAUAAACGGAGCUAAAGUGGCCCAGAUAAACAGGAAGUCCGGAGCUAAUCUGCCUCUAGCCGCUCAGCUACUGGAACCGAUGUGGACUACCCGCUACAAGCUUGGCAUGAACGUCCAGUGUUCCGUGAGAGUCCGCUACUCGGCCAAUGAAGACCCCAGUCCAGAACACCACAGCCAACAGUUCUUCGCCGGACUGAAGGUUUUAAAUCCAGCCGUUGAUCUGAAGGAGGGAGAAUCUGUCAUUGUUCAGCUCCAAUCCACCGUGCCUGUUCCCUGCCAGAUAUUUCUGGCAGGGAAGUGUACUGUUCGCUUCAUUGACCUGAGAACAGAUGUAAAUGAUGGGUGCAAGACAACAGAAAAAGCGAACUGUGGAUUUGAGUUGUCAGCAAAGAACUGGAUGGCCAUUCACGAACUGACGGUGACAGCGAAGUUCGACGGCAUGUUCGGUAGUCGCAUAAGCCAACUGUUCCUGACCUCAACACCCCCAGCCUUCAGUGCGCCCAACCACGUGUGGGCUGACGUCAAGCCCCAACCAGUCGUUAUAAACAUCAUCGAUGAAGAUGCUCUGACCCCAGGAUCAUAUUGUACAUUACAAAACGACCCCCAUUUUAGAUCGUUUGAUGGAAGACGAUUUGACGUACAAAUGCCCGGCGAGUUUGUGUUGUACCGCCACAAGACCUUACCUAUAGAGGUGCGUGGAUAUUUCCAGCUUUGUGGGACAAUCCCAUAUUGUAUUUGUGGUGCCGCUGUUAGAUCAGGCGAGCAGAUUUUUGUGUUUUCUACCUGUAAAGAUAACCUGGCUUAUCAGACAACCCGAGUGCGGGUGUACGGCUGCAACAGGAAUCAGAUGAGAGUCACCACAUCGAAUAACGGCACGAAAUACAAGGUAGAACUGCCUACUGGUCUGGCAGUUGAGAUCAGGAACGGUUACAUCAAGAUCAUCCCCUCCCCAGCUGACGUAGGACAGGUGACAGGGCUGUGCGGGAACUUCAACGGGAAUGCGGAGGACGAGUACAUAGACCCGAAUGGGAUCCGGCACAGCAAUGACUGUGACUUUUUUUUAUUUAACCGUAGCCAUUUUUGUGUUGUAAAUAACUACGGGUCGACGUGGAGAAUUAAAACCACAAAGGAGUCGUAUUAUGGCUAUCCUGAUAUCGACCUUGACCCAGCCCAGGUGGGUGAAUGUCAUUGCACGACCCAAAUGUCACAGAUAUCACAGGAAGUGAACUGUAGCAGGGUGUCCCCUCAGCAGUGCGGCAUCCUGGACCCCGUGGUGACGGACGAAUACUGUACUCAGAUUCCACCGUCGUCGGCCCGGCGGAGAAAGAGACAAGUAGAAAACAGCGAUGGUUUGAAUGACGACGAUGUUAGACCCGUUUUCCCGUUGUACACGGACACCGAAUUUACGGUACCUAAAUGGAUCAAUGGAUGGAAUGAGCAGAAAGCUAGACAGCAUUGUGUACGCUUUUUUCAACGGUCCCCUGCGUUUCAACCUUGUUCAAAAGUCAGUAACUUGGAAAUGGAUCUUGACAUCCACUUUUGCACUAUCGACGUGCUGCUCUCUGGCACAACAGAAUGGACCCUAGCCGCCUUAGAAUCGUUUAAACACAACUGUAGGUCUGAGGUGCGAAGGAAUACAACGCUCUGGAUUCGGGACAACUCACCGUCUGUGCUUGAUCAAGUGAUGGGGACUAGUUGUCCAAACGAAUGUUCUUUCAACGGAAAUUGUGUUAUGGGUGAAUGCCAGUGUGAAGCGGGCUGGAUUGGGGACGACUGCUCCAUUGAUAUCAACACACCACCCGAAGUUCUGGGCUUGCCGAAAGGGGGACUAUGUGAUUUCAAGACCCGGAAGUGCGACCGUACUGUAGUGUACGGAUCGAAAUUUGCAGCUUCCGACAACCUAACUUGCAAGUUUGAAUACGACUUAGCAGUGAGAGAGAGCACACCUUACUAUUCAAAAGCAGUCUUCCGCCACUCUGGUGAAGUCGUGUGUCCCACGCCACUUGGCCUUAUCACAAACGACACGGACGAACCUAGAGUGUAUCACAUCUCUGUGAGCAACAACAACCGUGUGUUCAGCCAGCCGAAACUCUUCCUUCCUUUCCACUCGGAUGAUUUCGCCUGUAACAUAAACGGUUUGAACUUCUCUUGUAGGAAUGUGCAGGACCAGGAAGCCUUCCUGCUUCAUUUACCAAACUCCGUGAGGCUCCUUCUCUGCAGGAAUGGCGAGUCUGUAAGAUUUUUCCAGCUGCCUCCUGGAGGAGAUUUGACGAGGUAUGAAGGCUUCUGUUCCCUCGUCAAUAGCCUGAAAGAACUGGAGCCAAGUACAUAUCCAACUGAUGUCCAAAUCGCCCAUUCCCCCUUGUCAUCGGUAAAAUAUUAACCUGUGGACCAUUUUGAUAUCAAGUUGUGAUUCUCCAAAAUGCAGAUAUAAUCGCCACUUUCCUUUAGCCUUACCUACAAUCCUUAUUUUCCAUGGAAGACAAACAUUGUACAUUUAAACCUGUUUAUGUCAAGUGUCUAAUCAAAUAAACAUGAUGUUUUACAUCAGAACGUGCCCUUGUGUUU